AUGAAGUGCUCAGUAGCCGCCUGGCUCUUAAUUGGGCUCAGCCUCGGUGUACCCCAGUUCGGCAAAGGUGAUAUUUGUGAUCCCAACCCAUGUGAAAAUGGAGGUAUCUGUUUGUCAGAAUUGGCUGGUGAUUCCUUUUCUUGUGAGUGUCCAGAUGGCUUCACAGAUCCCAACUGCUCUAGUGUUGUGGAGGUUGCUGCUGACGAAGCAGAACCAACUUCAGCAGGUCCCUGCAUUCCAAACCCAUGCCAUAAUGGAGGAACCUGUGAGAUAAGUGAAGCAUACCGAGGAGAUACAUUCAUAGGCUAUGUUUGUAAAUGUCCCAAAGGAUUUAAUGGGAUUCACUGUCAGCACAACAUAAAUGAAUGUGAAGGUGAGCCUUGCAAAAAUGGUGGAAUAUGUACAGACCUUGUUGCUAACUAUUCCUGUGAAUGCCCAGGAGAAUUUAUGGGAAGAAACUGUCAAUAUA